AUUUCAUGUGAUUGACAAUAAUAUUCGGUGACUUAGAUGCUUCAAAGCUUAGACUCAUACAGCCAAGGAAAACCUGAUGCUCCGUGAUAGCCAUGUUCAACCAUAGGCUUAUAUUUGUAGUGCUGUUGGCAGCACAGGUUUUUUCUGUAUCCACUCAAGACACAUGCCGUGCAGGGACACCAGGACUGCCAGGUAUACCCGGAAUUCCUGGCCGAUAUGGCCGGGAUGGUGAGAAGGGGGAGAAAGGCGAGGCAGGGCGUACAUUGGACCUGGUGGAUAAAGUGAUCAAAGGGCAAAAGGGGGACGCUGGCAUCAAAGGUUCUCAGGGUAAGAUUGGUAGCCCUGGAGAUCCUGGCCCAGCAGGACCACCUGGUCCACCUGGCGAUAAAGGCGAUACAAGUGACUCCAAACUACAUUCGGCGUUCUGUGUAGCUCGUGAAACCUAUGAACAUCCAGCACCAAAAACCCCAAUCAUGUUUCCAAAAGUCAUCACUAAUGUCAAAAAUCAUUUCAAUGUUAAUGAGGGUAAAUUUGUGUGUCAAAUCCCUGGUACCUACUAUUUUGUAUACCAUGCAACCUCCACAAAGACACUUUGUGUUAGGCUUUUUGUUGAUGGAAAAGCACAAUUUAUUUUCUGUGACCACAUUCAAGCUCAGUAUAACUUGAGCUCCGGGGGCAUUUCUGUGUACCUGAAGCAUAAUAGUAAAGUCUGGUUGGAGACGACUGAUUUGAGGGUAAAUGGCAUGUACUCAGCUGGAGAUAAAGGCAACAGUGUCUUCUCUGGUUUCCUGCUUUAUGCACACUGAGGUGCUCUCUAGUGUUUCCCAAAACAAGAUUACACGUUUCAUAUUAAUUCAUAUCAAGAUCUGUACAAUCAAGAGCAUGAGCAUGUCUGAUUUCUGUGCCAGUAAUAAAAUGUCACUGGAGUAAAAUAUAA